AUGACAGCAGCAAUGCCCCGGGCCACCCAAGUGCUGGCAGGGGCUCCUGGGUGUGUCCAGCCCACGGGACAGCUGCUGGCUCGGCGGCUGGAGGAUGCCAUCGCCCAGCCUCCCCCGGCAUCCUGGGUCCGCUCAGGCGGCCGCCCGGACAAGUCCCUGCUCUGCGGUCACCUCCACAAGCCGUUAAUGCCCCCCGGGAGGCUCUGGGUUGGCGAGGACAAGCGAGCUGGCCCUGAGCCCGCCGCUGUCGGCGGAUGGGGGAUGCAUGCGGGCGCGAUCCCGCGGGACGCGCUGCGGCCCGGGGGCACGCAGAGCGAGCACUGUGCCCUGCAGAGCGGUCCCAACGCGGAGGCCGGCUGGGCUCAGCGGGGCAGCUGGGCCGGGAGUGGCUCCCGGAAGCUUCUCUCGCUGCUCUCACAGGGCUUCUCUGGUCUCGGGGUUCUCCCGGGCGCAGCCACGGAGGUCUGGUGGGAACACGGGCGUUGGUUCCGGGACCUGCCCGUCACAGACGCCGAGGGGGAACCAGCAGAGGUCCGGCUACAGAUGCAGACUGGGGGCGGCAGCAGGUGCGACAGCGUGGAGCUGGACGACACGAUCCGUGUCCUGAUCGAGAGGGGCGCCUCUCCUGCCCCCGAGGGGGCUGCCCCGGGGGCCACCGCACGUCCCAGGAGCACCUGCUCUCCAAAGAAGGAAAAAGAGAGCCCCGACGAAGAGUUACACGAGUUGAAGAGAGAAAAUAAGCUGUUGAGGGAAAAGAAUGCUGCCGUGAACAGGAAGAAGGAACAUUACGAGUGUGAAAUCAGACGCCUUAACCAGGCUCUUCAGGACGCCUUGAAAAUCGAGGGUGCGUCCUUCCCCGACGACUGUUUGGGGGAGUCCGAGAAGGGGUGCGGCCUCGAGGAGAUGCGGACGGAAAUGGAGGUUCUCAAACAGCAGGUGCAGAUCUACGAAGAGGACUUCCGCAGGGAGCGGGCGGACCGGGAGAGGCUGGGUCAGGAGAAGCAGGAGCUGCAGCAGAGUAACCGGGCCUGCCAGGCCCAGCUGCACAAGCUGAAGUCUAAGUUAAAAGCUUGUCAGAUGGAGAAAGAAACACUAGAAAGGCAAUUAAAACAGGUGUAUCUGCCCACCUGUUGCUGCGGCUUUGGCAUCCACCUGCGGGACCCCAGCGUACCUGCCGGGCCCGGGGCCGCGCGGGAUCCAGAGAGGCACCCGAUUUCUCCUCCGAAAAGGAAGUCACCCAGUAAGCCGUGUGCGCGAGCAGAGGGGUGCGGGGGCAGCGCCAGGCCAGGGCCCCGCCCGCCCGGUCCCUGGGGCUCGUGUCCUCUGCCGGGCUGCGUGGCGUCCGCCCCACCGUCGUGCGCCGCUGCUCCCUCCGGCGUGGACAGGGAAAAGGCUUGUGACAGCUGAGGCCGGGACCGGGUCUGCGGGGCCGGGAUUCUGUGACCCACUGCACGGCCAGUCCGUGUCCUGGAGACGAGACUGACAGGCGGAGGACACGGGGCUCCCCGAGACCCCGGAGCCCAG